GUGAGAUGAGCGGAGUUAAGUUAUUUAGUGUGCUGAUAAGUAAAUUAAAUGGUCGCUGUUUUAAUCACAGUGUUGUGAGGAAGACGCGGGUGAAACAUGAAGCGGCGCCAUGUUUGUUUGUGUCUGUUAGAGAGAACAGCAGUGAUGCCUCAGAGAAAGAGAUACCGGUUCAUACAGAGACAAAAAGCUCUGUGAGGGCGGCACAUAUCGCCCAAAAACUCCGCCAUGAAAUAGAGGAAAAUAAAAAGCAAACAAACAAGGCUCCAGCUUCUCCUGUACAGAGGAGAAUAGCAGAACUGAAGCAGUCCACCCAGCAGCUCCAGUCUGUUCAUCCUAACGUGUUUGCAAAAGCACUUUCCAGAAGUAUCCUGUACCAGGACCAAAACCUCAUUGCCAUUAAUAAACCAUAUGGAGUCCCAGUUUACAAUACUGGAGGCAUCACAAACAGCAUCACAGCAAGUCUUCCUGUAUUGGCCAAAAUGAUUGAUGGCAUGAGGGCAGGAUCUCAGCUGCAUGUUUGUUACAAUCUCGAGAAAGAUACCACCGGUGUUUUGUUCCUGGCCAGGUCAGAGGAAACUGCAGAACGAGUGCAGAGUCUCAUCAGAUCACAUCAAGCUGAGAGGAAAUACAUGGCGAUCACUGUAGGUGUUCCUGUUCCUUCUGAUGGAGUGAUUGAUAUCCCCAUCAUUGAGAAAGAGGUCAUGGGAGCGCAGCAUCACUUUAAGAUGGGACUAAGUCCGCUAUACAGAAUGACUGCAGAAGGAGACAAGGUGGUCCGGGUGAGAGCUCACCGGCAAGCACAAAGUGCCGUCACACAUUACAAAGUCCUGGACAGCAAUUCCGGCUGUAGCUUGUUAGAGCUUCAGCCAGUCACAGGAGUGAAACACCAGCUGCGGGUCCACAUGGCAUUGGCUCUGGCCUGCCAAAUCCUUGGAGAUCACAAAUAUGCCAACUGGAACAAGCUAGCUCCUCAGAAGUUACCGGACCGUGUGCUGCGGAGACUCGAACUGGAGCAGAAUAAAACCCGACACCUGCCUCUCCACCUCCACGUCCGACAGAUCACCCUUCCAGGGCUCAGGGAUCACGCUGACCUCACCGUGUCCUGCCCACUUCCCAAAUACUUCAUUGCUGCUUUAAAAAAACUGCUGAUCGAAUUGCCUGAGAAGCCGUAAGAGAUGGAGAACAUCUCUGAUACAACCAUAUGAACUGAUUAGUGGGGAAGAUGGAUCACAGCAAGCCAGAAUCAGUGACGUCUGAGAUUAUUGUGAGACCAAAGUGUCAUCCAGUUAGUCAUCUAGCCAAUGUACCACAUUAGCGUUCUGAACCAGUAAGGCUAAUGUAGCUACAAAAUAAGGUCUGACAAAAAAAUGAAACCAUAAAGUUCACAUUAUUUGCAAGUUACAAAGGCAUAGCUAUGUAAUCUAAGAGUAUGGCUGCUAGAUUGGCGUGUCUGAAGUCCUGACUUUUCUCCUAUUAAAGAAAUUGGCUGAAUGUAGGUUUCAGCUGCUAAACAGAAGCAAUCAUGGAGUGUAGAUGACUGGAUGAAAGUGAUGAAUUAUAAAUCUGCAAAAAUCUGACAAUUCCAUAUUUUCUUUACUUGAUCUGGAAAA